AAUGAAACCCUUUAUAGAGCACUGGAAACUGAAUUUACAAAAGUGCUUAAGUAAAGAAUGAAAAUAAAUUAAGGAAUACAUUGUAAAAUUGAUUACAUGUAUAGUAUAGCUACAAUACAAAUUUAAAUUUGUGAUUUAAAAAAUUAAAAAGGAUCUGAGCCACUGUCUCUUUAAAUCACCCCUGUUACAUAAUAAAAGCUGCUUGCAGAUAAUAGCAAUAAUAAUUGUAGUAAUAAAUAAAUCAGUAUGAGCUGUAAUGAAACUAAAAUCUCACAUUGCUUAAACAGAAAAGGUUUAGUGUUGUAUGUGGCCUGCAUCUCAGAACUGGUCAGAGCUGGCACACAUCCAUACAACUUUCUGCCGAGUCAUCGGACACACUGACUCCUCCACCCAGAGACAGAGUGCAGCCAGCUCCGUGUCUGCUCAUUUUCACCGUCAGCCUCUACAGAACUGAGAUGUCAGACGCAGGGACAGAUGAGCUGUGGCUGUCAGGUGAAUGCCAGGAGACUGAAAUGAUCCAUGUUUCUGUCAAAAGUCUAACGGAGAGCAACGACUUCACUGUCCGCUGUGACUGUACUGUCAGACAGCUGAAGUGGGACCUAUCAGAUCGUCUCGGGGCCCCAGCAGAGCAGCUGGUGCUGAUCCACUCUGGUCGAGUCCUCAGAGAGUCGGAGAUCCUGAGUCACCUUAAAAGACAGAGGGAGUCAGUCAGGCUCUGCAUGAUCCAAAGGCCUCAGGGUUCGUCCAGUGUGCCCUCUGGUGAUGUAACCUCAGAGACGGUCCAGUCAGAGGUCACCGAUGUUCUUGACCCUGAAACCCUGACACCAUCUCCCACCUCUCCCUUCUUUUUGGUGGAAGGUUUGGGCAGUCUUGGCCUUGCAAACAGUGGACCCUGCCUCUUCACUGCACUCCAGUGCCAGAUGGAGAAGCAGCUUUUGGAUGACCCAGAGAUGAUGCGCCGUGUUGUGGGCAGCCCACUAGUGCAGAGCACACUCUCCACCUCCGGUGCCCAAAUAACCAGGCAGCUCAUUCUGUCUAAUCCCCAAGUCCAGCAGCUCCUCCAGACAAAUCCAGAGGUGGGAGACAUGCUUAGCGACACAGACAUCAUCGAACAGGUUCAGGAGCUCCUCAGGAACCCUGACAUGAUAGAGGAAGUGAUGCGUAAUGAGGAGAGGACACUGGCGAGUUGCAAGUUGCAGCCACAGCAGGACGGUCGUGAAACCGUCACUGGUGACUCUGGGGAUCUUCAGGAAACUGAAGCGAAAGUACAGACAGGAUUACCCCAGGUGGCCACUCUCUCAUCUGGCAAUCAGCAAACACUCAAAGCAGAGCCAGAGAGGGACCAGAGACCGGCCUCCGAGUCCAGUCACUGCACAGACCCUCUCAGAAAACUGACGCCUGAUCCAAACCCACAGAGCAAUAUCUCUACGGGAAUGCAGUCCCUGCUGGAGGAGAUCACAGCCAGUCCAGGUCUGAUGGAAAGCCUCCUCUCUGGGCCGCAUGUUAGCAGUCUUCUGAACUGCCUCAGCCAGAAUCCUGACCUGGCUUCACAGAUGCUGCUGAGCCACCCUUUGUUCUCAGGGAAUCCUCAGCUACAGCAGCAGAUGAGACAGCAGCUGCCUUUCUUCCUCCAACAAAUGCAGAGUCCAGAGCUACUGUCAGCUAUGCUGAACCCGAGAGCCAUGGAGGCUCUGCUACAGAUCCAGCAGGGACUGCAGACCCUGGCUGCAGAGGCUCCCGCCUUCAUACCCGCGGCUGGACUCGGAAACACUGGUGCCAAAGUCGGCGUUGCUCCUGAUCUCACAUCUAACUCUGUCCUCAACGGCCAAUCAGGAAAUUGUUCUCAGGUUGCCACGGAGACAGAGCAGCAGCAGCAAUUUGUACAUCAGAUGCUACAGGCCCUGACCAACACCAAUAAUGGAGUCUGUCACGAGGAGGCGGAGUUCCAGGAGGAACUGGAGCACCUGAGCUCAAUGGGCUUCAGGGACAGACGGGCAAACCUGCAGGCUCUCAUCAGCACGAGAGGAGACCUCACCACUGCUAUACAACAGCUGCGCGGUCUCUGACACACACAUGUGCACACGCAUACGCGCUGAUUCAUUUUAGAAGCAUUAACAUUAAGUGUGUUACAACACAGCAGACACACGUCGGCAUAUUUAUAUUGAUGUACUCCUUAACCUUCCAUACGACUGAAACAUCUGCGUGUAGUUUUAAAGUGCUCUAUAUUCAGUCCUGGCAUAAAAGACACCCUUACUUUAGUCUACACACUACACUUAUUGACCCUUACCUGAAUUGAAGGGCCAAGAGGAGUGGAUGCUUCAAUUAACAGAGUUGAAACAGAAGAUUACAUUAUUCAUUUUAGGCCACUUUUCACCUUGCCACCUGAACACUCAGAGACACUGUUUAUUCUGACAACAUCCACACUCCCAGUGCCUGGACAAGAAGCAGGUGCGUGAGUUUACCUGGCCUCACCUGCUGCAUACACACACGCAGACUUUGUCUCCAAAGAUGCACUCGGCUCCAAAACGUGUUAUUAAAAGAUGGACUUUGCACUAAAAUGUCAAUAUUAUCUCGAGACAUACUACUCAGACUUUCAAGGCUCAUCCGCUCGACACUCACUCGCAGGAGAAAAUGAAUGAGUUCAGGACUAUAAACACAAUCUGCAAUUAUAAUAAGACAUUACUUUAAAACCUCAUGUCUCAUAUACUUUGUGACCAGUAAUGCGUGAUAUUCAGUACAGGAUGUUGGAAUCAGUCUCACUGACUAGUAAACGUGAUGUUAUCAGUAAAAAGUGCUGAGUGUUGCUCUGUAAUUUCUCUUCGUUUUUUUUUUGAGUCCGUCAGCACUAUUGUGUCUCGCAUUCAUGCAAAUGUGCACCUUUCUGUUGCAGCACAGUUCCUCUUAAGUUGUUACACUACAUUAAUUCCACCGUUCCGUUUCUGAUUCUCCGCGCACUAUUUGAUGAUCUGUGUAUUUGCGGGGGAGCCUGUUCAUCAUUUAGUCGUGAAAUUCCGGAGAUGAUCCAUUUACAUGAGUAUGAAGGUAGCAAAUCAAUCAUUACUCAUUCUAAAAAAGUCGCUGCAGAAAUCAUAAAUGUUAUCCAGCAGUCUCAGCACAAACAACAAAAACUGGUUAUGUAUGAAUUUAUUUUGUACAUAUUAUCCUUCACUCCCUUAGAUGAAAACCUCACUACCCAUCAAAAUCAGAAUUUAAGGUAUUUUAACACAUCCCCCUGUGCUACUUAAGUUGAAACCUUUACUACAAACACUAGGGGGCACUUCAUUUCUUCAGUAGUUUCAUCAUGCAGCAGCAACAUGCAGAGUCCAAUCCCAUCGAUGGCCGUUUAAAUAGCAGUUUCUACGGUCAUUUGUCAUUACUAAUGCACAUUAUUGACCUCUAUAAAGACACAUGACAUAUUCAUUGAAAUAAAAAAAACACAUAUUAAGCAUAACAGGAUAAAACGAUAAGCAUAAAGCAAUCAUUUAAUAUAUGAUCGUUGACAUAAUAUCUUUAAGUGAGUUGUAGCUCUUACUGUUAAUAAUGAGAUGUGUGGUUUCAUAAGGGUUUCUGUGCCCUUAGCCUCUUGGAUUAAGGACACGUACAAUGACAUCAGAUAAGUGUGCAUGUGAUCCACUUGACAACCUGUGAGCAUUUGUCUGUUGGUGCCAAACUGAAGGGCUUUAAUCUUCAGUAGUCUGUGUGUGUGUGUGUGUGUGUGUCAGUGGGUUCGUCUGGAUGUGUGAGAUAUGAGAGUAGCCAAGGGGGGGUUUUCUGGAUUAGAAGCUCCUAAAAUAUUCAUGUUGAGGUUUGCAGAUGAGUCACACUAACAAAAACAGGUCUGCAGUGCUGAAUGGAAGUGUGUGUGUGUGUGUGUCUCUCACCGCAAAUAACAAAAAAAGCCUUUACCUGAGCUGACCUUUAAAAUGAUACAACCAUAUUGUCUAUUAUUGUCACUUCACUUUAUUAUAUUCUGCACCAUUUGAUGGACUUGACAUCAGAGCAUGACGGGUAGUAACUCAGACUAAAUCAAUUUAAGUAUAUUUCAUAUUAACCCAUCCAUGAUGAGAACUUGUUUGAAUAAGAUAACAAACCUGUAGUGUUUAAUCUAAAACUGCAGAUAAGACAGACACUUGUAGGAAGUUCUCUUUUGUUCUACAGAUGAUCAAUUAAUCCAGUAAAUCAAGAAAGCACUUGAGAGAUUAAUCUGAUUUAAAAUUGUUUAUUCUUUAGUUCCCUGUUAUAGAAAUGUGGCCCACACUGCAAACACUGAAAUUACAAAUGUGACUUAUGUGAAAUAUUCA